CAUUAGAUGGAAUAGUACAUACAAAUUGAUUCAUCAGAUUCUAAAAUAUAAAGAGGAACUUGCUGAAUUUUUUAGUGAUGAACUUCGUAUAAUCAUUGAUCCUUUUGAAUUUGUACUUGUUGAAAAAUUGAAUGCUGUAUUAGAAGUUUUUAAUAACGCAACUCUUACUUUUUCUCAUGUUUACCAACCAACUACAAAUACAUUUUUAAAAGAAUGCGUUACAAUCGCAACAUGUUUUCGUGAAAGUGUUCCACCUAAAGUCCUACCGGUCAAUCUGCGUGUUUUUACCUUUCUUACUUUGCCAAAUCAAGCAAACUAUUCUAGACCCGGUCUAGUAUAGUUUGACCGGUCCAGUAAUUUACACCAUCAUUUUUGGCGCCACCCGUGGGACCGUUAAGGUUUCUUCUCCUAAACACAAACCUACCCACCAAAACACCACUCGAAAUGUCUUCCAGCCAACAAAUCAAUGCUACUUCCGCUCAGGUGCAGGCCACCAACGAGGGAGCCAGCAUCCCUGUGGCUGCUACCAUACCGGUCAUUCCAGCUCCGGUGUUGCCUCUGGGUCUGAGCUCUGUCCCGACGGCCAGCGUGAUCAGUCCCUUCGCGACCCCCGUCCCUUCCGCUAGACCGAGGGUUACGUUCCCACCAAGCAUGGCUCAAUUCAUGAAUGACCCAGCCAACCUACAAGCCAUCCAGGGCUUUGUCCAGGUCAUGGCCAUGUGCCAGCAGAACGGGGGGAUGCCUUUCCUCCCUGGUAUGUUCCCAUUCGCCCUUCCAGGCGCGGGAACCAUGCCCCUACAAGCUCCGAUGGCGGUGACGUCGUUCCAGACGCCGAUGCCGCAGCCAUCACCUUUCCAGCCCCAGCUGGUCAGCACCAUGGCCCCUGUCAACUUGGCCGGUGCACUUAACGCUGCAGGGCCAUCGUGUCCCCCGCAAGCUACGAAUCCGCAGAUCACUCCUGACGGUCAUUGCGUCUCGAUUGAGAGCGAUGUCGGCGAGUGGGACAUCCCGAGGGCCCACAAGAAGAAGAAAGGAAAAAACAUCCGGCCAGCGACCUCCCGAAACUCCGCCUUCGAAAGGCUGGGGGAUAGGGAGGAAGGCCAGAUGAAGUCAACCAAGCAAAGGCUGGGGCAGAGCGUUGCCCAUGUCAGCGCAUUCGCCCGGCUAGGAGAGGUGCGGGAGGCCGAGCCUGCCCGCACCCGACGCUCCCGGUCUAACCGGCAGGAGCCAGCGAGGACGAGGGCCUCCCACCAGGAAGAGGAGGCAGAAAGCCAGCCCAGGUUACCGGUGGCGAACCGGUUAACCAUCCCAAACGACCGCGUCCAGCAGAUGGAGGCAAAGCUGGAAAGGCUGGAAAAGAAGGUCGGAGAGAAGAAUGACCGGGACAAACCCCUGGCAGGGUCCCCGUUCACCACAAGGGUCCAUCUGACACCUUUCCCGCGAAAGAAACGGCUGGGAGAGGCAGGAAACAAGUGGCUGGAAGAGCUCCCACACAUCGUAUGGGCAUUCCGAGUAACACCCAGGAGGGCUCAUGGGGAAACUCCAUUCUCCCUAACCUAUGGGUGUGAAGCAAGGCUGUCCAUCGAAGCUGAAUUCCCCACGUUUCGGGAGUCAAAUUAUCAACCCCAGCAGAAUGAGGAAGAUCACUUGGCCGAACUCAGCUUGGUCGAAGAACGGAGAAUGACCGUGGAAGUUAAAAUGAGCACAUAUCAACAAGUCGUGAAGAAGUACCACGACAACAAGGUUGGACCGCAAUACUUUCAAGUCGGCGAUGAAGUCCUGCGAAGAAGGGAGGUUAGUAGACCGGGAGACGGAGGAAAGCUGGCCAAAAACUGGGAAGGGCCUUACCGGGUGAGAGCUAUCAUUCGCCCGGGGACCUACCGGUUAGAAACUCUUGAAGGUGUACCGGUAGAAAGAACCUGGAAUUCCCAUCAUCUUCGCAAGUUCUACAAAUGAUUGUAAUACUAGGCAAGGCCUACUUUAUUAUCAAUCAAACCGAUGAUGUUCAAUACUCUACUUGGUAGCGGCAGAAUUGAUAAGUCGAACCUAUCCUAGGAGGGCUUCCUGGGUGGAUCGAAUCCUCUUGGAUAAGCCAACUGAGACACAGGCCCGGACCUGGCACGCUGGUUACUACACCGGUCUUGCUCAGUAUAAUAAAAAAAAUAUUAAAACCCGGAAGAGGGGCCCGGAAAAGGGUAUGCCUGCAAGAGGGCUGGACCUGGAAGAGGGUUCGAACCGUACUUACACGGGCCCAUGAGGUUUGACUGGUGUCGGG